GCGAAGGAAGGUUGUCAAGAAUGUGCCAGGCAGCGCACAAAGAUCGCACGGAUAGAAGCAAUCGUGGCCAGUCGGGAUAAUGAGAUUGCGGCAUUACGAGACGCCCGCGUUCGUGCAGCUGGACAGCGUGCAAUAGCUGCUGCGGCCGAGACCAACUGUCGACAGCAGCUCAACAACGUGACAGCCGAGCUCGUUGCCGCGAAGAAGGUCGGCUUCCACCGGAGCAUCCGCCAUGCCAUCGCAUGCUAACCAUACGUCAGGAGGUGUCAAGGCUGUCAGCCACCGGCGACUCGGCGACCAAAGCUGGUGCAUCCACCCAGAUUCCGUAUAGUAAGGGCACUCAGAUGUUCAGGAGCUUCAUGGACCGUAUGCGCGCACUGCCUGCUCCCCCGGUCACAGUUGAUCUCUCCACCGUCUUACCGGUCAAGCUGCCGCCGGGGUCCCGCCGCGUGUCCGAUUGUUUCCAUGAGGGCAUAAGCCAGUUUCCUAGGUUGACGGUGAAUGAUGCCUGCAUGUGGCUACCCGACUCGCAGCAUGCAUUGCGCGUUGUCCCGGGGUUUGGGUAUGAUUCCAGACCACGCUGCAGGAAAUGGACGCCAUACGUACCCCGAUCUGCGACGUAUAUACCAAAAGGAACGUUCGAGCUCUUUCAUACUCAUGACGAUGACCUCUAUUACGUCGGCACGUAUAAGACGGUGGAGGGCCCGCGUGAUAUACACUUGAAAGUGAUUGACACGCGGCUUCUCGCGCAAUUGGACGGGACAGUGGUGGUCGAUGACUUAGAAGAGGCGCUCACGUGGCAAACGGCACCCAAAGCGCCCCCAACCAACGCGGUAGCAAGGACAAUACCCGAGAUGUACGAGAUGGGCAUCUUAAGGGUGCAGGUCAUCGGUCUCCAGUGUGUCGGGUUUAACCAUCGCCUGCAUGAGGAGCUGCACCCAAAAAGGAUGCCUUCUGACGACACUUCGCGGAAAUCCGACACUGACGUUCAGCGCCGACGGGGCUCCUCAGCCAAACGGCGCAGCGUGAGUUGGCUGGAUGCCCUCUCAUCUGAUGAUAGUAUAGUACUAUCAGAUGGGGAACCACCGAGUAAAAGGCAGCGCAGUCAUACAGGAGCUGAGAUGUCGGACCGUGACCCUUCGUCCUCGACUCUUUACCCAGAUCACUCGGAUCCCGUAACACCGUCAUAAGUACCAUCCGGUGGCGCAGCGGACGUACGUCGCUGGCACAUCGGAACGUAGAGGGCGAUGGACAGACCUGUUGUAUCUCGUCGCUGUGUAACGCAAGUAUGGAUAUGAACGCCGACCUUAUGUCUCGGACCAGCAGUGUCG